CUCUAUUCCCCAGACUAGGAUUAAAGACCAAAAAAUUGCCCUACUUCACUCUCUCUCAUCUCUUUCUUUGUUUUUUGUGUUCAAGAUAGCUACUGGGUUUCGUGGUAUCCAAGUCGCAUUUUUUUACGACAAGUUUCAGAAACAGUUACAGUUACAAAAUUAGAAUACAGAAAUGGCUGAAUCUGCCACAACCAAGGGAGUGGAAUUAGAAGAACAUUUAGCGGAUACAGAUGAAGAAGACAAUGGCGAUGAAAAUUCAAGGACAAUGUUUCUUAAAGAGCUGAAUCUCAUUCUAAUUCUCUCGUUUCUUUCGUUAUCAUCUGAACAAGUUGAUUUUGAUGCAACUGAGACCAAUGAAAAUGUCAAAGCUAACCAAGAACACAAAGUUGUUUCUGAUUCACGUUUCACAAAACGGGGUGGAAUCAAUAAAUACAGGGCUAGUGAACCAGAAACUCAGAGAUUCUCGACCAAGUUUAGAGAUUGCAGGCAUUGUCGAAAAAUGUGAAAGAAAUCAACAUCCACCAAAGCUAGUAACAAGAGAUGUUACCAAAGGUUUCCAGCAUGGCCAUAGAAGCUAUCCCCAUAGUCCUUGACCCCCCCCUCCCUUCUUCAAAUAAACAUACAUGUAAA